GAAAGAUAUUUGUUGAAUUAAUAUCUUAUAAAUAAAAAAUAUUUGUAAAUCAUUUUUUAAUUGAAUAAUAUUCAGAUCUAAGGUUAAUUGUAUAUUGAUCAGUAUAUUAAACGUUCUUUCUUAUCUUUAUUCAUCAAAGAGAAUCGCCUCUUAUCAAUUGGAUUAAUAUCAACUGAAAAUAUCUCAGAAAAAAAAAUCACAGAAGAUGGUUUCGCGUCAUCACAUAGAAGGAUACGAGAAUUUUUUCAAAUUUAUGAAAAAUUUCAAACCUAACGAAUCAGUUUACGUGCUUUACAGUGGUAAAAAGCUUCCUAAUGGCAAAAGUUGGUGUCCAGACUGCGUUGAAGCGGAACCUUUCAUAGAAGAAGGAUUUAAAACAGCUUCAGAAUCAGUACACUUAGUUGAAGUUGAAGUUGGAGAUCGGCCAUUUUGGAAGGACUUAAAUUGUCCAUUUCGGACAAAUUCUACAACAAAAUUAAGAGUUCUUCCAACUUUAGCAAAAUGGAAUACACAAAAACGUUUGGAAGGUGAUCAAUGUCAAAAGAUUGACUUAAUUGAAAUGUUACUUACUGAUGAAGAUGAUUAAGUAAUUUAAUUUGAUAUGCUGUAUCAACAUUUCUGUUAGUAAACAAUAAAUUUUGUAAAUUGUUUUUGUAUUCAAAA